AUGGCAUUUUUACAAUCGUUAAAAGCGCAAGUGAAUUGCAAGAAUCUUUCGGUCGGGGAACUCCUCAAGGACGUUCCAUACACCAUACGGUCCAUGAAAAAUGUGGACACCAAAUUUGGCACUGCGGUGUCGUGUAUGCUAGCGGAUCCCGAAGGCGUUGGCUCAAUCAACGUGUUUCUUCCGAAGGCAAUCAGGAUGGACGACGUGGACAUUGAAACCUACAAUCUGGGUGUAGUACCGCCUGUUAGCCUCAUUUACAAGGGGUUAAAUAGAAGGACUUUUAUAAUAGAUUUCCAAUGA